UAUGAUGAGGCUUUUAUUAUGGCCAGUGACCCCUUGGAAGGCUUUCAUGAAGUGAACCUUGCUUCGCCUACUACGCCAGAUCUUCUGGGAGUAAAUGAGCCAGGGACUCAGGAACAAACUACCUCACCCAGUGUUAUCUACCGACCACAUCCUUCUGUUGUGUCCUCCACACCAAUCCAGCCCAAUGCAUUAAAUGUUUCUGACCUUCCCACACAACCUGUUUAUUCAUCUCCCAGACAACUGAAUUGUGGAGAAGCAUCAGGUGUCAGCAUCAAUGUUACCGACGCAGUACUUUGUUCUACCUCUGGACCCCAGGGUGGGUCAUUCAAUCACAAUAAUUCCAGAAAGGAGAGCAAUAAUGCAGAGAGAGAGUUUUUGCAGGGUGCCACAGUAGCAGAUGUUGCUGAAGGAAAUGAAGAUAUUUUUGGGUUGAGUACAGACAGUUUAUCUCACUUACGGAGCCCAUCUGUACUGGAAGUAAGAGAAAAGGGCUAUGAAAGAUUGAAAGAAGAACUUGCAAAAGCUCAGAGGGAGCUGAAGUUAAAAGAUGAAGAAUGUGAAAGGCUUUCUAAAGUGCGAGAUCAACUUGGACAGGAGUUGGAAGAACUUACAGCUAGUCUGUUUGAGGAAGCACACAAAAUGGUUAAAGAAGCUAAUGUCAAACAAGCUGCAGCAGAAAAACAGUUAAAAGAAGCACAGGGAAAGAUUGAUGUCCUCCAGGCUGAAGUAGCAGCAUUGAAAACACUAGUACUGUCUACUUCACCGACAUCUCCAACUAAGGAGUUUCAGUCUACUGGAAAAACUCCUUUCAAGAAGGGCCAUGCAAGAAACAAGAGUACAAGCAGUGCUAUGGGUGGCAGUCAUCAGGACCUUACCAUGAUGCAGCCAAUUGUAAAAGACUGUAAAGAGGCUGACCUAUCUUUGUACAAUGAAUUCAGAUCUUGGAAGGAUGAGCCUACUAUGGACAGAACAUGUCCUUUCUUGGACAAAAUUUAUCGGGAGGAUAUUUUUCCAUGUUUAACCUUCUCAAAAAGUGAGUUGGCCUCAGCUGUUCUGGAAGCUGUUGAAAACAACACUCUGAGCAUUGAACCUGUUGGCUUGCAACCUGUUCGAUUUGUGAAAGCUUCUGCAGUUGAAUGUGGGGGACCAAAGAAAUGUGCUCUCAGUGGACAAAGUAAGUCAUGCAAGCAUAGAAUCAAAUUAGGAGAUUCAAGCAGUUACUACUACAUUUCUCCUUUCUGUCGUUACAGGAUCACUUCUGUGUGUAACUUCUUUACAUAUAUUCGAUACAUCCAGCAAGGACUGUUGAAGCAGCAAGAUGUGGAUCAGAUGUUCUGGGAAGUUAUGCAGCUGAGAAGAGAGAUGUCACUAGCAAAACUUGGCUAUUACAAGGAAGAGCUCUAA